UGUGGCAGCUCUAUGUAGUGUUUAAACAUAGGUAUGGAGAGAGUAAUUCUUAGAUAGGGGAAACUCACUAUGGAGAUUGCGAACUCCCAGUUUGACGUCUCUGCGUUGAGGGACGCGAAUAAUGUAGUACUUGUGAUUUGAAUUAUAGUUCCAUUCAUAAAUUGUGAAUUUGUUCAAUGAAAGGUGUACGUAGUUUAUCAACUAUAUAUCAAGAUAUCAUAGUAUUUAAUCAUGCCGGUUUUUCAAGAAUCAUGUGCAGAGCAAAUCCAAGCACAAACCAUUGUUAUAAUUCAUCCUGGCUCUAUGUACCUUAGAAUGGGUCGUGCAUCUGACUUGAACCCUUAUACCAUAUUAAAUGCUGUUGCAAGGAGACGUUUGUCUGGGGGAAUAGAAUAUAAAGACAGUUUACUACCACCCGCAGUCCCACGAACAAAAGAGUUGACCCAAGCAAUGGAAGAAUCACGUCUUCAAGUGUCUCAUACUUUACAAUCUUGUCUUCAAUCUGAUGGAAGAAGAAGAUAUGCUACGCCGCCACAACAAAUAGCUGCCUUUAAUCGCAGAUCAAAUCCAGAAAUAUCUUCUCCAUGCAGUGUAGAAUGGAUUAAAACAAACAAAGAUGUAGUGGUUGGGGAUGAUAUAUUAUCUUUAAAUCCAGACGAUAAUUUCAAUGUUCAUUUCCCAUAUAGAAGAGGAGAACUUAAUGUUCAUUCAGGGCCUGGUGGUAGCUUGCGAGCUGUUAUGGCUGAUUUGAAAACAAUUUGGGAAUAUGUGCUCACAGAAAAGAUGGAUAUUCCUUUAAGAGAUCUGAAGCACUAUAAAGCUGUUCUUAUAAUACCAGACAUUUAUAACAGACAGUACUUGAAGGAAUUGACAACCUUAAUGCUUUGCGAUAUUGGAUUUGGAGCAUGUUUCCUUCUUCAGGACCAUGUAGCAGCUACAUUUGGCGCAGGCUUAGGUUAUGCUUGUGUAGUUGAUGUUGGAGAUCAAAAGACAUCGGUUUCUUGUGUAGAAGAUGGAAUUUCUCAUAGAAACACAAGAGUGCGUAUGGAUUAUGGAGGAGGAGAUAUAACACAAACAUUCUUUUGGUUGCUUCAGAAAUGUGCUUUUCCUUAUAAGGCAUGUGACCUAUCAAAUAAACUGGAUGCGUUAUUAUUGAAUCAACUUAAAAAAGACUUUUGCCACGUUGAUCUAAAUGUAUGUGGUUCACAAGAAAAAACCUUUGUUGUUAGAAAACCUAAACAACAAACAGAGAAAUAUACACUUCAGGUGGGUGACGAGUGUUUAGUGGCACCUCUUAGUUUGUUUCAGCCAGAAUUAUUCAAAGUUACUGGCACACAUAAUGUGCACAUACAAAAGAGAUCAAUGGGUGACCCAGAAGAUCCGCACGAUGAAAAUUAUUUAAGAGAGACAAGUAGGAGAGGCAUAAAAGAAAAUCUAGAACAAACAUCAGAAAUGCAAGAAGAAGCAACUGUUCCAACAGCAGGGGGAGAAGAAGAAGUGGUGGUAGAUGCUGUGGAUUCAGCUCCAAUCACCUUAUCUAAUCGUGAUUUAGAUGCUCCUCGGGAUUUUGUGGUUGGUCCCCAACAGCUAUUAGGUCUUGAUCAUGCUGUGUUACAAAGCAUCGAUCGCUGUCCUACAGAGGACUUGAAAAGGAAAAUGUAUAGCUGCGUGCUCGUUGUAGGUUCAGGAAUGAAAUUCCAAGGUAUUGGAAUGUGGCUUCACAAUCGGAUCUCACUUCAAAUUCCUUAUAUGUAUAGAGCUGAGCAAUUAGAUAUUAUAACGCAACCUAAAGAAAUGGAUCCAGGCAUGACAGCAUGGAAAGGUGCUGCAAUUUUGAGCUGUUUAGAAUCUGCUCAAGAAUUGUGGAUUGGACAGCAAGAAUGGGAAUACAUAGGCGUUAGAGUGUUGAGAGAAAGAGCACCUUUCAUGUGGUGAAACUUCUAAGAUACAAAAUUUAUAUUUUUUAUAUUUAAGUUUACAUUUAUUAAGCUUAAUAUAAAACUUCAGUGUCACAACAUGUCCAUUAAUUUGACCUUGUUUCUAUCAUUCCUGUGAUACAUACCAAUAUCAGCUUCAAUCAAAAAGUUUACAAAGUCUAAUACUUCCGAAUUGACAUCUAUAUACCUCUUGUCUCCACCUUUUUUAUAUGCACGUGUUAACUCCUAAAAAGUUAUUUCUAUAAGAUCUGUAGGAUAUUAAAUACUGCUAAAAUGUAUCUUAAUUUUACCGCAAAAAAGCUCCUAAUAUCUUCAUUAUUUGGAAACAUUACUGAAACUACAGUAGCCUAAAAAUAUAGGUUCAAACUAUAAAAUUGUUUAGAGAAAAUGUCAGUACAUGCAUAUUUUAACAUACCAAAUCUUCUUUCACAUCUCGAAAUAUACGUUUCGAUAUAGUUUGUUCCACGUUAA